AAACUAAGCGCAAAAUAAAAAGCACAAGCUUGCCGCUCGCUCGAGCAGUUCAAAUUGUGUAUCGCGUGUCAAAACAAGUGUCAGCAUUGUGUCAAUCGUUCCGUUACAGUUGUGCCGAAAACGAACGUCGCCUAUAAAACCGAGGUGUUAAGAAACAAUUGCACCAGUGAUUACAAAUAAUGUCCAGACUGCCCUCGUACUGAGCAGAUGUUAGAACAGUAAAGUGCGAGAGUGAGAGUGUGUGUGUGUGCAUUAAACGAAACGAAACAAAAUAAUGAAUAAAAAUUUAAGCCUUUUCACCUGGGCAUUAAUUGCCCUGGUUCUAAGUUGUGGGUGUGUUGCAUAUCCCACCGAAUCGGAUGCGGAACAGACAACUGAGUCGCCCAUUGCCGAUAUGGCUUUGGUGGAUACCCAUAUGAAGGAUAGCAAAUCGGAAACCGAAGUCCAGGGUCAAGCCAAACAACAGUCGACUAAGGCUGAUAGUGCCCAACCUCAGACAAUUGCCGAUUUCGUCAUCCACCCCUUGAUUGCAUUGAAACCCAGAACUCCCGAAGAACCUGCCGCUGAGGGCAAACAAGCCGGCACCACAACAACCCCAGCCCCAUGGCAAUUGUUUGGCUUUAAUCCUGCCCAGAGUUUGGGUUCCUCAGUGUCCUCUUUGGCUGGCACCGUUAGCGGUUGGUUGGGCAAUCGCAUCCAAAUUCCCGGUUUGAUUGAUACACCUGUUGGUGAGAGUACAACAACCACCACCACCACUACUACAACUCCUCGCCCCGACGUCAUUGUACGAGUACAACAUCGUCCUACAACUCGCAGACCUUUGAUGAACAACGAUAUCCCCAAUCGCCCACAUCGUUUCAGCAACAAUGGCCCCUAUGAUUCCGAGGAGUACUACGAUGAGUACGACAACGAUUACGAUUCGGAUUAUGACAAUGACUUUGACAACAAUGACGUAGACUUCGAACGUGGCGAUGAUGACUUCGACAACGAGGAUGAUGAUGAAGGUUUCGAGGACGAAGAAGAAGAGGAGGAAGAGGACGAAGAAGAGGAACGUCCAGUGCGCAAGCGUCGCCCCAGCAGCAGCAGUAGCAACAAAAACAAAAAGAACAAAAAUAAAAAGAAGACCGAUCAAAAGAAACGCAAGACCAACAAGGAUCGCAACGAAAAGCGUAAACGUCCCGUAAAAGUCGACAGCGAAGAAGAUCUGGAUGACGAUGAGGAUGAUGAUGAUGAGAUCGAUCAAAUUUUCGAAGACUACGAUGCAGCAAUCAACAAUGACUUCUUCUAUGGCAAAGGACAUGCCUCCACAAAACGUUCCCAAAACCAACAAAGCUUCAUCCAAUUGGGUCAGCAAAAUUUGAUUGAUCAAAUCCGUCAAUUGACAAGAGGACAAUCAUUCUUGGAAUCUGGCACUGGCUCGGGCACACGCAAGGGAUCUUCGACGAAACAAACUCGUCCCCAAGCCACCCUGAUCAUCAAUCGCAAUGGCCAGACCAUGGUCAUUGGUCCCGAACAUGUAGAAUUGGCACCAACCACUAACAACAAGGUUUCACAGACCACCACAUCGUCAGCCAGCUCUGGCCGUCGCCCUGCAUCCAAUUUCCCUCAACCACCAUUGACUGUACCCCUGAGACGUAAGGGUCAACCCACCCAAUACAUUACAAUUCCCUGGAGUCAAUUGGGCAUUGCCACACCACACAAUGUCGUCUCUGUAACCGAUGGCAUCCAGACCCAACCCUUGAUCCUGAAUAUUCCCCAAAGCGCUUUGGAGGCCAUGACAAAUCCCAGACCCAACAAAAACAAGAAACCCAUUAUCACCUCUGAUGCUGUUCCCCUCUUGGCCGAAGCCUCUUUGAUGGAUGUCUUCAAACCACCCCAAAUACCUCCAGCACGUACCCCCUCCGGCACCAGAAAUGCGCUCAAGCCAUCGUCGUCAGUAAAACCAGUUAUCAUCACCACCAAAACAAAGCAACGAAUCCGUCCUGGUACAAUUGUUGAGAAGGCUCCCGAAGUGAAUGAAAUGGAAAACCAAAAGGAUUCCAAUAAUAUGGAAGAGAAACAAGAGGGAAAUACCAUGGCCGAAGAAGAACAGACCCAAUUCAUUGUAAUUGGUGAUGAUGGUGAAGCAGGUUUGGGUCGUCAUGCCUAUGGCCAUUUGUCUGAGGCACGCAAAUUCCAGCCAUUGAACCCUUAUUUCCACAUUUUGCAAGGUCAACCCCUCAAUUUGCGUAGAGGCCGUGAUUUGGAAAUGAAUGUGGAAGAGGUUGCUCCAGUUAAUGGUGAAGAACCUGUCAAAACGGAAGUUUCUGAUGCCGCUGAGAAAGAAGAUGUUAUGGUAAUGGAGGAACCCGUUAUGAUGCAGGAGGAAGCCGUCAUGGACAAGGAACCAAUGAUGGAAGAACCUGUCAUGUUGAAUGAACCUGUUGUGGUUGAGGAACCAGCCAUGGUAGAGGCCAGAAAUGCUCCCGUUGAGAUCGUGGAAGAGCCAGUCAUGAUGAAAGAAGAAGCUAUGGUCGAAGAACCCGUAAUGAUGGAAGCCAUGCCAGCUGCCGUAGAAAAGGAAGAAGUAAUGAAGAUGGAGGAACCAGUCGUUAUGAUGGAAGAAGCUCCCGUUAGCCAGAACGCCGAACAAUUGAUUCCCGUCCAAGUUGUAACCUCCGAAUCCGAUGCAAUGAAAAGCUCUGAUGCGGUAGCUGAAAAUACCAAACCAGAAGAAGCCAAAACAGAAUAGUAAGCAUUAUUUCUUGAACUUAAGGAAAUAAUAUUUUUAGGAGCGAUCGAAUAAGGAUUUUUUUUAAAGAUAAGAAGUAUUAA